UAUAUAUAUCAUAUAUGUUAACUGCUUCUGUUUUUAAGGUUUUUGUCUCACCUAUUCGGUUUUCAGAAAAACUGUCUCUUUUGUUUUGGUCAAGGAUCUUUGGGAUUUCUCAAAAAGGUAUUGAUAAUUAAGAAGCAAAGGUACGUAUAUUAGGUAAGAAAUUCGAAGAUUUUAUGAUGUAGAGGAUAACCAAUGGAUUUUUAUUUGAAGAAUUAAAGUUUUAGAAAUAAUUUUAGAGGAUGUGAAAUCCGGUGACCAGGUUAUUUUGAAGAUGUUCACUUUGAUGUCAACUUCGUAUGGUGGUGUUCCUCCGGUGCUGGAAGACACCAUGGAUCAGUCUGGAUAUGAAUCUCCACGAUCUUUUGGUAGGAUUUGUGUUGUAGUCUAUUUGUUAUUUUAGAUCUGGUAUUAUUUAAUAUUAAAUUUUAUUGUUUUGAAGGAUAUGUCCAAGAUUGUUGACAUCGUUGUUUCGUUGAUCAUCGCCAUGUUCCAACAAACAUGUCAAGAGCAGUUUGGAUGUGUGGAAACCCUAAUUUUUUAUGAACCGGUUGGAUAGGUAAUUAAUAUUUUCAUAUGGAUUUAUAAUUUAGAUUAGGGUUCCAAUGUUUCCCUCUUUAAAAGUUUGUAAACGUGGUAUUCUUCUCCUUUUAGUCAAGCACACAUCAUUUCAUGAAUAAAUUCUCCAAAAAUAUUAGGGUUUGUUUCAUUUGGGUAUCAAAGGUUUCUUUUGUGAUUCUUAUUUGGAGGAAGCACUCGAAUCCCAAAAGUUCAGUAGAUGUUAAAGGAUUUCUUCGAUGGCAAGGAACCCAACAAAGGAACUAACCCUGAUGAGGUUUUGGCCUAUACAACCGCCAUCCAAGGUGGAGUAUUAAGUGGUGAAGGUGGAGAAGAAACGGAAAAUAUUCUGCUACUUGAUGUUGCACCUUUGCGCCUCGGUAUUGACACUGUCGGAGGCGUGAUGACACACAUUAUUCCUCGAAUCCCAACGAAGAAGUCUCAGGUGUUCACUACUUACCAAGAUCAGCAAACUACUGUGACUAUCAACGUCUAUGAAGAGAUAAGCAUGACGAAAGAUAACCCCGAGCUCGGAAAUUUUCACCUCACCGGCCUUCUUCCUGCACCUAGGUAAACUCUCUAAUUCAAUAUUGGCUACUAAACCAUUUCGGUUCUUGGUUUUUUAAAGAUGCAAGGAACAGUUUUUGGGGUGCCACAAAUGGAGGUGACUUUCGAAGUGGACGCAAAUGGGAUUCUGCAGGUGAACGUCAAAGACAAAGUUCCAAAGACGUCACAGUCAAUUACAAUAACGAACGAUAAAGGUCAUUUGAUAGGAGAAGAGAUUGAUGAAAUGAUUAUAUUAAUUAGCUACGUAUGAACUAGACACCGUUAUACACAUACGAGGACUUAUUUGGAGAAGACAUCUUCGAAUACGUGUACGAAUAUGAACUUUGGCUGGUAUCCGAGUAAGACAUGUUGUGCAUUGUUUUACUUUUGUUUUUGUUUUGUUAUGAGUUGUGCGAUAUUUUAAUAAAUA